AUGAAAUGGAUUCUAUUGGGAUUAUUAAUCCGUUAUCUCAGUUUUGCUGCCUUUGGUAUAUUAUUAACCACGAGAUCUUGUUGCAACAUCUUAGUACCUUUUAUUAAGGAUGAUACAAAUAGAUGUUAUACGAUACUAAAUGGAACAAAAAAUCAUCCCGAAAAGUCCGUGAAAAGGGCAAAGGGGUUGAUACUACCGCAAUGCAAUUUAAAACAUCAAGCAAAUAUUUCCCCCAAAAGGGUUGGUAUAGAAAUAUUGAAUAAAAGUAUAAAAUCUUUACACUGCAACACUUCGGCAUUUUUGAUACCCACUCCAAUUGGUUUGGAUAAUUAUAGAGUAAAUAUUACAAAAUUAAGAUUGUAUUCAUCCUCAGAUUCUAGAAAUAAUUCCGCAAAACCAGAUCCUACCAUAGUUUCUAGAGGCAUAAAUCAAAAUUAUGGCAGAAAGUUAAGUGUUAGAUCAUUUUUUAAUCGCAUUAUCGGCGCCUUUAACUUUUUAAAGAGGUGUAUAAAUAUUAUAAUUCACCCAUCAGUUGCAACUAAGCAAUACUACAAAUAUGCCCACUGGAGAAUGUUUGAACGCUUUUCAUUUUCUGUCCUUCAAACAAUGGCUUCUAAUAUAAAAUCUGCCCCGACUAAUCUGCAGCAAAAUAAAGUUGAAAACACAAAUAUAAUUUUAAUGUUGAAAAAUAAAAUAUCUGAAAGCAAAAUGAAGUCAAUUCUGGCAACUAUGAUAUUUAAAGAUGCAUUUUCACGAAUAUUUCACUUUUUGUGGUUUAGUGAAAUAGGUGUGGGAUUUGAUAAUAACCCCAAGGCAUUUAGAUUAUUAGGUAGUAUUUUAUGCAGUACGGCAACCCUUAUUGAUUUCGUCUGCAAUGUUUUUACAUUUGGACCAAAAAUGAUAAUGGGCGCUUGUACAAACGCGGUUAGGCAAAUAGGACUCCUUACAAUGUCUGCCUCCCAAGGACCAUUCUAUAACUCGUUUCAUGUAAAAAAUACGGCAACAAAUAUUGGCGAAAUUACAGCUAAGCUAGAGGCUCAAAAUCCAAUUUGCGACUUUUCGGGUAUAGCAUUAGGAAUAUAUCUAACCAAUUUGUUGAAUGAACAACCAUUUGUAAUCCAGGCGACAACUGUUAUCUUAACAUCUUUGAUUUCAAACGUGGCAACAUACAUGUGUGUAAAAUCGGUAAGCUUUAAAAAUUUGAACCCACAGAGAUGUUUUGUUGUUCUUGAAGAUUUUGCCAGUGCACUCUUACGGAGACUAGAUCGUUAUCUGCGCUACCAUAAGAUGAGGAUGGAGAUAAAAAGACAAAAGGAAAACUUCAACAGUAGGAAUUCAGAUGAUGAGGAAUCAGAAUCCAUUGAAUCCACUUCCAGUAACUCGUGUUUUGAUGAUGAUGAAUGUGGAGCUAUCGCCGAACUAAUAUACAAUUAUGAAUUCGAUACGGCUGCUAGACUUUUACAAAGAUUUACAUCUACACAUUUAUGCAACAAGCUCAGAGCUUCAAGAGGAAAUAUAGAUGAAUCUAAUGAAAGUAGUAUUACUAAUAAGAGUACCAUUUCUGAUAAUUAUUUGGAUGACCCUACUACAAAGCUACCAGAUGAGCCUUUAAAUUUAGUACAAAAGAAAAUAAAAAUCAAAUUUUUGACACCUGAUGAUAUUGCCAAGAAGGAACCAUUAUUGUUUCCAGGUCGCGAAGGAGCACUAAGGAUGGGUGCAAUUAAGUAUUCAUUAAAUGAAAUUUCAGUAUGCCACGCCACCUUGCUGGAAUAUUUGAAGAUAUUCAAGGGGGAACGAUUCGUGGUUGUCUUGGGCUCAGACGGUAUAGUUGAAGCUGCAAUCCAUCGUUCUGCUAAACCACGUGAUGCUAUACUCGCCAUUCUUACGUACAAUAUUGCAGAAAAACUUUGGACCGUAGUCACCGAAUCUACCGAAGAGGAUUUUAUCGAUUUUCAAUUUAACCAAAUAUGGGAAAUGUUCAAGCGAUCCGCAGUUGGACUGAGGGAUGUACUUUUGCAUCUAAACGCAAAACUUGAGAACAGGAAAGGGCACAGGCUAAAUACAGAUGGUCAGCAGUUGAAAGAAGAGAUGGAAACCUGGAAAAGAGGUGUACAAACUGUAAUAUAUGCAUACACAAUGGCUAAAGCAUGUAUUGACGAGGUAAUGCUCAAUAUAGAGGCUGUGAACUGGGAUGUGGAUAAAUUCGAGUUAUGUUCACCUGUUAAAGGUUGA